UGCAUACAGGUACACUUUUAAAUCUCUAUAGAUCAAACUUUGAAGGUAAUUUCCUGGAAGACACCGCCUACAGAGGCAUGGCACAACAAAGACCUGCUAACAGUGAUCAAAUAUACAGACCAUCCCGCAAGAGGAACCAGAGAACACCGCCUCGGUCACAAUGGAACAGCCAAAGUUAGGAGAUCUGAUUGAAAUUUCCCAUAAAGAUUUUCAACACUGGGCUGUUUAUGUCGGCAAUGGUAAAGUGGUGCACCUCACUACUUCAGAUGGGAUCUGCAAUUCACCGGGCACCCGGAGAGGAGAGGUUAAGAAGGAGUCUCUCACAGAGGUGGUUGGAGAUUGCCAAUUCAAAGUGUGCAACCUGCAGGAUGCCUGGGCAACUCCGUACCAGCCUGAGCAAAUCGCGAAGAGAGCGUGGGCCUGCGUCGGCAAGACGAUGACUUACAGCUGCGAUAAAUACACUUGCGAGCACUUUGCAAUACAGAUGCGCUACGGAAAAAUGUUACUCCGCGACUGCCGCCUCAUUUGAGCGUCUUCACAGCUGUAACUCUGGCAGUGGUUUGGUUGAUAAAAAAAUAAAAAAAUAAUAAGCGACGCUUUCCACUCGGAUGACGAUCGCAAAAUAAACUUGAUUCAACUUC